UGCCUCAAACUUGGCCAUUGGCUGACACAGUUUAAAAACUCCAUCAUAGUCAUCAUUCCAAAACCAAAAAAAGACAACUAUUCCAAACUAAAAGCAUAUCGCCCGAUUGUGCUACUGUCAUGCCUUGGAAAACUCAUGGAAAAGGUGAUUAUAAACCAUCUCCAGUGCAAAGGGAAAAAAUUUGGCAUCCUGCACCCCAGCUAG